UCCAUGAUGUUUGCCCAGUGCACCCAGAAGUGUGCAGGCUCCAUGCUGCUGAUGGCACUGCUGUGCUGCAUCCCUUCUCCUCCAGCACAAGCCAGCAAGAGCUCGGAGGACAUCCGCUGCAAGUGCAUCUGUCCCCCGUACCGGAACAUCAGUGGGCACAUUUAUAACAAGAACGUGUCGCAGAAGGACUGCAACUGCCUGCAUGUUGUGGAGCCAAUGCCGGUACCAGGGAAUGAUGUGGAGGCCUACUGCCUGCUGUGUGAAUGCAAGUACGAGGAGCGCAGCACCACCACCAUCAAGGUGAUCAUCAUCAUUUACUUGUCCGUGGUGGGGGCACUGCUGCUUUACAUGGCUUUCCUUGUGCUGGUGGACCCUCUGAUCCGAAAGCCAGAUGCUUAUACCCAGCCUCUGCACAAUGAGGAGGAGAAUGAGGAUGCUCGCUCCUUGGCCGCAGCCCCCACCCCGUCUGGCGCUAGGGCCAACACGGUGCUGGAGAGGGUGGAGGGGGCCCAGCAGCGCUGGAAGCGCCAGGUGCAGGAGCAGAGGAAGACAGUUUUCGACCGCCACAAGAUGCUGAGCUAG